AUGUCGCCGCCCCUCGAGCCCCACGACUACAUCGGCCUCUCCGCCGCCGCGCCGCCGACGCCGACCUCUUCCUCCUCCUCCUCCCCCUCGCCGGCGCCCCGCCUCACCCUCCGCCUCGGCCUGCCGGGCUCUGAGUCCCCGGACCGCGACGGGGACUGCUGCGAGGACGUCGCCGCCGCGCUCUCCCUCGGCCCUCUGCCGGCUGCCCCCAAGGCAGCCGCCGCAUCCGCUGUUGUCUCCGCCAAGCGCGCCUUCCCGGACCCCGCCCAGCGCUGCCCCGGCGCUGCCAAGGCUAGCGCCAACGACAAGCAGCAGGCUUCCCCCACCGCGCCGCCGGCCGCCAAAGCGCAGGUGGUGGGAUGGCCGCCCGUGCGGAACUACCGGAAGAACACCCUCGCCGCCAGCGCCUCCAAGAGCAAGGCGCCCGCGGAGGAGGCCGCGUCCGGAGGCGGCGGGCCCAUGUACGUCAAGGUGAGCAUGGAUGGCGCGCCCUACCUCAGGAAGGUGGACAUCAAGAUGUACUCCAGCUACGAGGACCUCUCCAUGGCGCUCGAGAAGAUGUUCAGCUGCUUCAUCACUGGUCAAAAUGGUCUGCAUAAAUCAUCGAGCAAAGAUAGGCUGACUAAUGGCUCAAAGGUGGAUGCCCUCAAAGACAAGGAGUAUGUCCUUACCUAUGAGGAUAAGGAUGCAGACUGGAUGCUUGUCGGUGAUCUUCCCUGGGAUUAUUUUACGUCUAUCUGUCGGAAGCUCAAAAUCAUGAGGGGCUCUGAUGCUGUUGGAAUAGGAGAAAUUGGUGCUGUGCACUCAACUUCCUACCACAUUAACACUAGUACUAACAGCGCAUUUUACUGA